AGUAAUUGUAACUCACGUCUGCGCGCAGGCGCAGUGGCUCUUCGCACAACCGCAAUAAGCAAACAUGGCGGCCGCCGUCGACAGUGUUGUGAAAGUGCUGGGGGAGCAGUAUUACAGAGAUGCCAUGGAGCAGUGUCAUAGUUACAACGCUCGCCUGUGUGCUGAGCGCAGCAUCCUCAUGCCUUUCCUGGACUCUCAGACCGGCGUGGCUCAGUCCAACUGUUACAUCUGGAUGGAGAAGAGACACCGGAGCGCAGGUGUAGCUCCAGGGCAACUGUACACCUACCCAGCCCGUCGCUGGAGGAAGAAGCGGCGUUCUCAUCCCCCCGAGGACCCCCGAUUGGCCUUCCCACCUCUUAAAGCAGCAGAUUUAGAACUAGGUCUGAAGCGUGAAGCGUUGGGAGCAGUGGAUGGCAGCAGUUUGGAGGCUCUGCUGAAAGGGGAGCCCCUCGAUAGGAGGAGCGGCGUGUCAGAGCUGCGCGGGCCGGAGGACGAUCCGGCCACGGUGGAGCCUCCUGCUACAUCGGCUGCCACUCACACAUCCUCUGGGCGCAUCCGUAAGAGAGUUCUGGACCACGAUGACUAUUUGGAUGAUCUGGAUGACGAAGACUUUGAGGAUGAGACCCCCAAGAGACGAGGCAAGAGCAAGUCCAAGGGUCGCAGUGAUAAGAAUGGCAAGAAGAAAACGGAAGCUGCCGCUGCAGCGCUGGAGGAGAGGGAUAAACCGUACGCCUGCGACAUCUGUGGGAAGCGCUACAAGAACCGUCCCGGCCUGAGCUACCACUAUACACACUCUCACCUGGCCGAGGAGGAGGGCGAGGACCGCGAGGAGAUCGAGGCACCACCCACUCCUCGCCAGCCUGAGGAACAGAAGACCACUAAGAAGGGUCCCAACGGUCUGGCUCUGCCCAACGAUUACUGUGACUUCUGUCUGGGAGACUCCACCUUAAACCAGAAGACUGGCCAGUCAGAAGAGCUUGUGUCCUGCUCAGACUGUGGUCGCUCAGGCCACCCGACGUGCCUGCAGUUCACACCAGUGAUGAUGGCCGCGGUGAAGACUUAUCGCUGGCAGUGCAUCGAGUGCAAGUGCUGCAACGUUUGUGGCACCUCAGAGAACGACGACCAGCUGCUGUUCUGUGACGACUGUGACCGAGGCUACCACAUGUACUGUCUAACUCCACCCAUGACUGAACCGCCAGAGGGGAGCUGGAGCUGCCACCUGUGUCUGGCUCUGCUGAAGGACAAAGCCUCCAUAUACCAGCAGAACCAGGGCUCUGCCCCCGAGUGACACGGGAAAACAGUGCACUCCGCCCCUCGCCACCUGGAACCCGCCCCUCCGAUCAAAACGUCAGACCUCCUCUCAGCCCGGAGCUCCAGGUUCUGUGCAGAAGACGAAGCUGAGCCGGAUCAGCUUUUUUCGAAAGUGUCAUAUCAACAGCACCAAACGGGGGGACUCGAAACCAAAACAGACCUCAGAUCAGUCAGCAUCAGACCGUCACUACUCACCGGCCUGAACAAAGGCUCGCCGUCAAACACCUAACACAUCGUGUGUGUAUAUACAGUAUAGACACACAACCUCCUCCUGGACUGUUACUUACACUAGAUACAGAGACAGAGCGCAUGCAGUAACCAUAGUAACUGCUGUCUCCAUGGGAGCUCACGGGAGAAAGCGGAUUAGCAUCACGGCUAAUUAUCUGCACCCUUUCACUCAACGACACAGUGUGGACUGUUGAGACAUCACAGCGUUUCUUCUGCCAAAAUUAUCUAUUUUUACUCCCUGGAAGUGACGAAAAGCGUCACCACGUAUACAGUCUAAAGAAAAUGAUUAUUAUUAUUACGAUUAUUAUGAUUAUUAUUGUUCUGGUUACUUGUGGGCUUUUGUAGUGGCAUUUGUCUGUGUACUCUUGUCUAAUCCAUUUGAGCAUUUAUCUUUUGAAGAAGUGUCCCCGAGGGGAAGCCAGUCAGUGCCAAGGUCCACCGUCAUAUCAAACUCACAUCGUCUCUCUGCUCGACAGGAGCUCACCACAAGCACGAGAAAAUCGUCUUUGCCGUGAGUCACAGACGCGAAGGCGGUAAAAUUACGUCUGUUAGCACAAACGUUUUGGUGUUGCUACUUUACAAAAAGCAUCUUCUUCGCCGUUUAUUCCAUCGCUGAACAGAUGAGUGACAUCGUCCAAACACUACGCAACAUACACACCGUACAUCGGACUCAUCAAACCUUUUAGUAUGGUGUCACUUUUUAACACUCUUAUUCUGAAAAGCCUGUUUUUUUUUUUUUUUUCAGUGUUGUCAUGGCGGCUCCGUACAGUAUUGAAGUCCGUCCGGUACAUGAAAACUCGUGACCAUAAAGCUGCAUCCCUUUUCUCACAGACGUUCUUUGUGCUAGCUGUUUAGAAAUAGUUGGACGGUGACGCCACCACAUCGUUUUUAGAACAGCCGCUGUCCAACCUCACACAAUCAUUAACUUACUGUAGCUGCUUUUACCAUUUGUCACACCGAGGCAGAUUUGCAUGCAGAUUGCACCUGUAUGAAUGCACACACACAUCACAAGUGUAUCUUUUUUUUUUUUUUUUUUUUUUUUUUUACAUUUUAUAUUACCUGAUAUUCCAUUGGUAUUGGGAGUUUUUCUAGUAGAUUUUUGUAAAGUCUAUGGUAUAGCAAACACUUCAGUAUAUAGCUCCUAAUGCAUUCUAUAUGUACUGUAUUGACUUUUUCUAUUUUUGUUAUGACUGUGACAUGUUUGGAUUUAUUUGUUUAUUCUGAUAUGUCAAAACCUCCAUUAUAAGUAUUUGUAAAAUGAUGUACUUUGUUGUACUAUUUUUAUUUUUUACAUUUCUUUGGUAUCAAAGCCGAUUUAGCCUGACUGAAAUAAAAAAAAAAAAUCACUUUGAA